GAGUCACGUGCCCGCCCGCUCCAGCCCGCGCGAGCCCCGCUGUGUCCGCCGCGGCCCGGGCCACACUGCGCGCCGCCAUGGAGCGCAUCGAGGGGGCGGCCGUGGGCCGCUGCGCAGCCUCGCCCUACCUGCAGCCUCUCACGCUGCACUACCGCCAGAAUGGCACCCAGAAGUCAUGGGACUUCAUGAAGACACACGACAGCGUGACUAUCCUGCUCUUCAACUCCUCGCGGCAGAGCCUGGUGCUGGUGAAGCAGUUCCGGCCAGCCGUGUACGUCGGCGAGGUAGAGCGCCGCUUCCCAGGGUCCCUGGCCGCCGUGGACCAGGACAGGCCCCGGGCGCUGCCGGCGUCCCUGCCCGGCUCGGCGGGGGUGACCUACGAGCUGUGUGCCGGCAUCGUGGACCAGCCCGGGCUCUCGCUGGAGGAGGUGGCCUGCAAGGAGGCCUGGGAGGAGUGCGGCUACCGCCUGGUCCCCGCCGACUUGCGCCGAGUGGCCACCUACAAGUCUGGGGUGGGGGUGACUGGCUCCAGCCAGACCAUGUUCUACGCCGAGGUGACGGACGCCCAGCGGGGCGGCCCUGGCGGGGGCCUGGCCGAGGAGGGCGAGCUCAUCGAGGUGGUGCACCUGCCCCUGGCGGGCGCCCAGGCCUUCGCGGACAACCCGGAUGUCCCCAAGACCCUCGGCGUCAUCUUCGGUGUCUCCUGGUUCUUCAGCUGCGUGGCCCCGGGCCUGGGUCCCCAGUGACGUUCCAGAGGGCUGCACAGAGGCCGGUCCUGGCCACCCAGCCCCCAGACCCA